UAUUAUUUAUUGUUUAAUUCCUGUAUAAACGAUGAACUAAAUAAUUUAUUUCAAAUAACAAUGUCAAAAAGAUUUUUUCCUCAGCAGCCUGGCGAAAGAAAGAAGGCGAAGUUAGAUAUUACCAUAUCAGAUCACAAUUUUCCUUUGAGUCAAAAUGCAGCAGCGAAUAAUGAUUUCGACAACUGGGGAGAUGACAAUGACGACGAAAUGCUGCUCAUGGCAAGCCAGGCGUGCGAGCAGGCCUACGGCAACAACACCACCCUUCCCGACUUCAGCCUUUGUAUGCAGCCAGGUGCUACCAGCACCCAAAUGUUCCCACAACCAGGCCCUAGUAAAGAAUUCACGUUUAAAAAACCCACCGUUAACUCCCCGCUCUAACAUCUACCCAUUUAAAAGAUAAGUGUACUAGAAUAUCCUCUCCACUACCUGGUAUGUCUUCAAAAGUAAUAUCAAACGGAGAGACAAUGAAAUACAAUGAUGAUUUGAUUUAUAAUGACAAAGUGUGUAAAGGGCAAGACCCAGACCAUGUUUAUCGACAACUUCUCCAGUUACAAGAAGAGAAUGCCAAAUUAAAGUCAGAGAAUGGUAAAUUAAUGGAUAAGUGUGUGACUAAAGAAGGUGAGGCUUCUAUUCUGCGGACUCAGCUCAAGUCGUGUCAGGUGGCGGUGGAUAGUGCUAGGAUGGAGAAGAUAAAAGCUCAAGAGAAGGUGCAGAUGGAGUGGACUGAGAAACUAUCGGCUGUGAAUGGCCAAAUGCAUGAUUUGAGGACACAGUUGGAUUUUAAGAAUUUGGAAAUAAUCAGCAUCAAGGAGAGAUGUAGGAUGCUGGAAUCCUCAAAAGUGAAAUUAACUCAAGUCACAGUGCCAAAUAAUGACAUAUCCUCAAGCCACCGACACAAUAUGAAUUCCCAUCACAACAUGUCUUUAACCCAGAGGAGAGUGAAGACAUGUGUCGCUGCCGCUCAGACAGACAGCAAGACACACUUCUUGAAGCUACACAAAUCUCACAAUUCUGCAAAGCCAAACCUAACCAGCCUCCUCCCUGCAAUCCUCGAGCCCACAACAGAACAGUCAACGCUCCUCGAUUCCAACGAGAAGCUGCAAACAGACUUGGACCAAUCGCAGCGCCCCUGUCGGGUCUUUAGCACCUUUCACAGAGUCCCUGCCACUACUGUGUCCAAGCCGAGAGAUGGGAAGAUGACUAUUGGGUGUAUACAUGAGGACUUGACUAGUAUAGCUAACGGUGAAAAUGUUCUGGAGAAAUUUGACAAGAUCGUGAAAGCGACAUGCGCUGUGCUAACACAAGUGCAGCAGCAGCUAAAGGAAGUGCAGUCGCGAGCGACGACCGCCUUCCAACGGGACAUGGACCAGCGGUACAUCGACGUCUCCGGGACUUUCGUACCGGUACCGAAGCGGAGCUUGCUCUCUGGCAGAGCGCUGUACAAAGAAGAACAAGGCAUACUAGCGCGACGAAUGGUAGCCACUAUAGCGUUCCUACUCGACCGCUCAACCAAGAUAAUUCCAAUGGAACAAAUCAAAAAAGUCACUCAAAAUGUGCACGACGGAAUUCUACAAGCUUUAAAUGAUGUAUGCAGUUUACUGGACGCUACGUGUUGCGGCACCCUAUACAACGGGCUCCUCUACGCCGCGACCCUCCUACCCCUCCGCGCGCUCCUCAAGCCGCUCAUCUCGUCCCGGCCCUCUCCGUUCGUCUCGUGUCGGAUAUUGAGAGUCUUGAGGAGGACACAACAAAAUAUUUGUGGUGGCAGCGGGAAUAUGAGGAUAGAUUUGGAGCAGGGCGUGCUGCUUUAUAAGAAAGAUUCGUGCCAUCUACAUGUACUUUUGAAACAAAUCGAAGUGGCGCUGAAAUGUAUAGAAAAACAGAACUUAGUCUCAGAGGCGCUAAGUACAGCGCAGGACCUACUUGGAGUACAUAGCAACUGCAACGCUAGGCAUAACGCACAAGAAAACAGGUGUGAUUGUCAACUUCUGCUGAUACAAGUACUAGUGAUCGCUCUGAGGAUAUGCUCCGUCAUGCUGAAGGCUUGUCAGUCAUCUAAAGAUAACAAUGUAUCAUCGGAGCUAGCAUCAGUGUGUCGCGGCGGCAUCGCGGUUCUACACCAGCGAGCGUCGCGUGACGUGGAGUUCUGCUCCUCGCUAGGGGGCGCUGAGGGUCCUGCGUUGGAGUUUAUUGAAACUAUGAGGGGCUUUAAACAGUCUGAGAUGUUUGAAAACAUGUUGACAGAGUUAGCGGGGACAUUCCAAUGCGCGGCGGAGGACUCGCCGCCAUCUUACCAUAGACAAGCCUGGGUCAAGAGCUUCGACGCCUUCUCUCUGGCCGAUUAAUGUUUGUGAUUAAUAAUAAAAAAUAUACAACUUUUGUACUUACAGUGUAA